GGUAUUAUUUAAAUGGAAUAAAAUAAGGUAUCUGGCAAACUAUUUACGAAAAUAAAUAAAUGUGAAAUAUUAAUUAUAGUUUAGAGCUGGAGGAAAAUAUAAUUAAAAUGGAUUUAAAGAUGGUCUGUGGUUGGAAAUGGCUGAAUAUUUCUGCGAGUUUUUAUAUUUAAUUAUAUUAGUUCAAUAAAAACAAUAAUAUCUAAGGUGUAUAAAAAUGGAAUCGAACAAAGUCAGACUCAAAAUUUGAUAAAUCUAAUGUGAUUCAAAGUUAUAAAUAAUUG